UUCCCAUACCUACCACCCACCACCUCAUUUUCUAUAUAUUACAACCCACCAUCACAUCACAAUUCACAACACAACAAACCGCAUUGCAAUUAUCUCAUCAUUAUUUUCUAUAACUAACUACCAAUGGCAACUCCGUCGGUAACCGCUUUGGAGAUCGAGAACUACCAGUUCCCUCCCACCGUCAAACCUCCGGGAUCCGAUCACACCUUCUUCCUCGCCGGUGCCGGAGAGAGAGGUCUUCAGAUUCAAGACAAAUUCGUCAAGUUUACCGCUAUUGCUGUUUAUUUGCAAGGUAUUGCUGUUCCUUUUCUUGCUGAGAAAUGGAAGGGGAAGGAUAGUCAUGAGUUGACGGAAACUGUUCCCUUCUUCAGGGAUAUUGUUACAGGUCCAUUCGAGAAGUUUAUGCAGGUGACAAUGAUCUUGCCGUUGACGGGGCAACAAUACUCCGAGAAAGUUUCAGAAAACUGUGUAGCCAUUUGGAAAUCACUUGGAAUUUACACCGAAGAAGAAGGCAAAGCAAUUGACAAGUUCGUUUCUAUUUUCAAAGACGAAACAUUCCCACCAGGCUCCUCUAUUCUCUUCACUGUAUCACCCAAAGGAUCAGGAUCAUUAUCGAUAAGUUUCUCGAAAGAUGGAUCCAUUCCUGAGGUCGAGUCUGCAGUUAUAGAGAAUAAACUACUUUCACAAGCCGUGCUUGAGUCGAUGAUAGGCGCGCACGGCGUCUCCCCUGCAGCAAAACAGAGUUUGGCUUCCAGAUUAUCUGAGGUAUUCAAAGGAGCUGGUGAUGCUAAAAACUGAUUAUAUCACCAAACAGAAGAUGAAUGUCUGUUCUGCAAUAAAGACCAAGCCCAAAUUAUAUCUUAGGUCCACUUUUAUAUUAUCUCUUAAAGACUUAUUUAGUGUAAUAAUCAAGAAUGUAUUGUAUUUGUUUGAAGUUGUAAUAUUAGUUAAAAAAAUUAAGGUAAGAAAUGCAACAUUCUAUAAUUUUAUUAA